CUACUGCCACUUGUGCAGGCCAAUCUGAACCACACGCCCGUGGUCUCGCUGGGAAAUUGUGCCCCUGUCGAGCUGUUCACGGGACUCCCAGCGCCUUCGGCGCUGGACGUCCGCGAGCAGCGCUGCAUGGCUGCCAUGGCUCGCUCCAAGGGAACAGUUUGCAAUUUUUCGGAAGGAGACUACGUGCUGUGGUCGCGUGUGGACCAGCGCCUCCAGGGAGGCAAGUUGCUCGUGCGUUGGGUCGAACCCUUCCAGGUG